AUGUUGUCGUCUGCUUUUAAUGAGGAUGCGGAGAAUACACUUUUAGCUAAAUCCCAGUACUGUUUACUUACGAUGUCGUAUGACCCUUCAAAAUCGUUGUACGCUUUAUAUUUAGCCACUACCAAUGAAUUGAUCACCAUGACCGAGAACGUCCUCUGGAAAGGUUCUAUUUGGAUUGACGCCAGAGUUGCCGACGAGUACGUCGCUGCCUUAGUCUUCCCAUCUGAUUCUUCGAAGGAAUUGAAAGAUGCUAUCGCACAGAUAGUAGAAAAGGCAAAGAAACGUGUGAUAGCUGCGCCAGACACGUGGGGUAUUGCGUAUAUGGCUUUUCGAGCUCAGCGGGAAAUUGUAAGAGGAGUUGACCUUCCGGAUAGUCUUGAAGAGGCCGCUUUUUUGCUCUCGCGUAAGCAAUUCGAUGCCACUGUUACCAACACAACUCUUUUUGAUCUCAAUUCAGGCACCUACCUUACCGCGGAGGAAGUGUCACUGCAAGGCGCCGCACGCAGUGCUUUGCUCAAUUGGUAUAUUUUAUUUAAUGUUCACAAGCGAUUCGGUACGCCAGGUAGUCGUAAGACCCUCAACCCUGUUGAGCAGAUUGUUCGCCGCGUUGUGAAGGCGGUGAAUGUGUUUGUGGUGGAUCUAAACGUGAGGGUUGGGAAAGGCACGAUCGCAGAGGGCCAUACCAUGAUCGCGACUAUUUACUCCGCGCAGAAGCGAUCACAAACGGUCCACAUGAUCCGCAGCCUUGCCGAAGAAACCUCGAAGCUGGCUGCUCUCACGACGCUCUUCUACGGUGAGGGCAGCACCUCGAUUACGCUUUUUAUUCCGACUAUUCGAACCCGCCCUUCACAGCUCGUGGCAUUUGCACGCACGUGCCGACCGAAAAGUCCGUUCUUCGUCGCGGAGAUUUCCAGCCUCGCGCCGUACCUCGGCGGUGGUGUCGUCUCCAAAGGACUCACAGAUCAGUCGGACCCACGCAGCACCUGGUGCACCAUCCGCGAUAACUCCUUCCCGGAAAAACACACUCGAAAAGAGGAGGAGAAGAUCGAUGGCUAUCUUCAGAGGGGCUUUACUGCUCUCGCCACGAAGCUCUUUUCUGAACGACUUCAGAAGGUGUCCCCGGCGAUCCUGACAGCGGCUAACAGUAUCCCCACACAGAAGGAUCCGCAGAGCGCGUUCGACAGAGUGAAAAAACUCGUCCAGACGGAGCCGGAUUCCAUGAUGACUAGUGUAGUUAGUUCAACGUUUCUUAACAAAGUAGAUGUGAACGAUGCCGAGGUGGUUUUUAUGCUGCAGCAGUGGCGUUCUAAAAUAUACGAAUCCACGGAUCGACUGGAGCGGGAGAAAAAAGCUUCUGAGCUUUUGGAGCGGUAUCUUAUCCUCGAUCUGGAAACUACCACUAUUCGACGUUAUAAACGUGUGGCAAACCCGUUCACAAAAGAGAAUUACGUCGUUUUGUCUGGUGCACGUGACUACAAGGGCAACGUGUUUAUGCCAAGUCGCUAUUUCCAUCGCAGCUUAGCCCUACAGUACGACAAUCCCGCUCUGACCAGCACGAAUCAACUGGUUGAGAAAUCUUCAAAGGACUCACUUUUUUUGCCACCACUCAAUAAUUACACGAUAAUUGUUGGGCAUAACAUCAAAUUUGAUCUACUGCACAUCUGGCGUGAUGUUGAACUCCGAAAAUUUUUCAAGCGUGGUGGAAGAAUCUGGGAUACUAUGUACGGCGAGUAUCUCCUAAGUGGUCAAGAAAUAAAGCUCGGGCAGGGUGCGGGUUUGGAGGACAUUGCCAAGAGCUACGGUGGGCAAACCCCUAAACUGGAUGCUGUAAAAAGGGCGUGGGCAGAGGGAAAGGAAACAUACGAGAUCCCUUACUCGAUACUUACGGAGUACCUUAAUGGUGACUUGGAAAACACGGAGUUGAUUUUUUGCAAGCACCGUGAGCGAGCCUUAGCCCAGCGCCAGGUUAUUGUCUGCAAUGCACGCAUGGAAUCUAUUCUGUGCACCACUGAAAUGGAGUAUAACGGACUCAAAACAAACGUGGAGUUGGCUAUAGCGCAGAGCAAUGAUCUUGCGAGCAAAGUUACCACGUUACGAAAGGAUCUGAUGAGUUUCAUACCCGGUGAAAUUCCUCCAGAAUGUCGCAAAUUCUUUAACUGGUCAUCUAAUCAACAUCUGAUUGCCUUCUUUUUUGGUGGUAAACUUAAACUGAACACCAAUUCACGUGAAAGUAAGACCCUACCCGGAGAGGUGUUCGAUCGGCACACCCUCUUUGUUCCGCCCGAGAUGUACACCAAAGAUCUAUUUCCCAAUGGGGUCUUUUUGCGGUCACCAGUGAAUUCAGCUGGAAUCUGCGACUGCGCCAUCAUAUCCGGUAUGCCGCUGGAAAAGGGAACCCGCAUUUUCAAGGCCUACUUUGAUAGCUACAUGAAGCAGUCAAAUUUCAGAAAGAGCGCUAGCCUUAUGGACUCACUGAAGCGUGAGAUGCUUGUUAUCCCACGUGCUACACCCGAAACGAAAGGAGUGGUGUCUGCUUUAGGGAAUCUUCUACCACGCCGCCAUAUCUUCUUUUUUGCCAGCUUAUUACUUGGUGCCGAUAACACGAUUGACCGUCUUUUUAUUAAAAACCCUGUAACCGGUGAGUCCGAGACAAUCAAAUGCACAACAAAAGGUGAGGCUUUGGAAAACUUCAUUACCGCACAGGUGGAAAAGUAUACCGAUAAGAUCAUGCCGGUGGACGAUGAGGGCUCUGGAGAGAACAGGGCUUUUGUCGAGGCUCAAGUAAUUAUUUUUGCCCGAGACGCCAACCUCACUUUUAUAUCGUAUUUGAAAAGUGAUUCGACCCUGGUAAGGUACAUUGAAAAAUGUUCUGGCGGUGCCGUUGGGGAAACGGACGUCAACCAGCGCUACAUCAUUCACUUUGCGGACACUGUACCCAUCCUGGCGUUCUACAAGCACAUGUACGGUGAGGAGGCCCCGAUGACGGCUAAGCGGACCUCCAAAUCUCCCGUUGGCAAAUAUCGCGUUCCUGGUACAAGCACGAACAUACAGGUUAUCCCGUCAAAAGCUCUUCCACCGUCUGCCAGAAGCCGUUUGGACGCCGCCGAGGCUUUUAAGAGAAAGUUAAUCCAAGAGGCGAACAUGAAGCCUGAGGAGUGGUGUAACUUCUACAUUGAUAUAUUUCUUCAUAUUGCAAAUGCUGCACUUCAGAGGGAGGCCUUAGUUCCAGAGAAAGUCAAACGUAAGGGCUCAAAGUCUGAAGCCAGUGCACGAUCUGAUGAGGAACUUCCAGUGCUUCUUCGCCCGAGACGCGCGUUUGUCGGCUACUACAACUCACUCUCCCCUGAGGAGCGAAAGCGUAUAUCCUUGAUGUGUCUUGUUGGCCGCACUGUGUCGACAGUCUAUGACUGCUUUACAGUGCCUUGUACCCAUGACGAUGUUGUGGAGGUAAACAUCAAGGGUCGUUUGGCUAUGUAUGUCCCUAACGAACUAGAAGCGGAGCAAAUUAUGCGUCAUUUUCGAAGCUCCACAACGCGUCAACUGCAAGUUGGGGAGGAAACAUUAAAAUACUUCAAUAUAAACCACAAGGAUAAGAUUGCAGGUGUCAUCCUAGAGCUCCGCGCUCUAGAAAAGCUUAUCGGCACUUACUACGAGAGCACCGACGGCGGUACAGGCAUGGUAUCCCUCGUCCACACCAUUGACAGCUGUAUUCAUCAUGAGCUUAUUCAUAACAAAACCAACACGGGAAGACUAGCGAGUGCCAAUCCCAAUUGCCAAAAUAUUCCUACAGAGGACAAGUCCAAUCUUCGAGACAUGUUUAUUAGUCGUUAUGGCGCCAACGGCAUUUGCAUUGAGGCGGACUAUUCGCAACUUGAGGUGGUGGCUUUGGCGGUUCUAGCCAAUGAUCAGAAGAUGUUGGAGGACUUGAGGCUUAACGUUGAUUUCCAUUGUAAGCGUGUUACCAUGAUGCGUCCAGAUCUUAAAUACACCGAUGUGCUACUGCGUGCGAAGAAAAAUAAAGAAUCUGAGUUUGUGAAGCUACGACAACAGGCUAAAACCUUUUCUUUUCAGCGUCAAUACGGUGCCGGUGUGAAGAUGAUCAGUCAGAAUACUGGUCUUACCCAGGACCAGGUGCGUAUGCUGAUUGAAAAGGAAGACGAGACUUACCGAAACAUCGAAGUCUUCAACCGCAUGGUGACCCUUUGUGUAAACCAAUACGAUGCUUCUCUACAAAAUGGCGCCCGAAAUUUGAAGGGGCAUCAAUUUUUUAAGGGCAUGUUCCCCGUGCUCACCGGCAGCCGAUACGUAUUCACCGAGUCCGACAUCCCAGAAUCCAUGCAGUGGGGCCGCUCUCGAUCUCACAAGUCGACCAACUUCUCUCCAACUCACUUAAAGAACUAUCCGGUUCAAGGCUUUGCGGGUGAGGUUGUGCAGAUUAUUUUAGGCAUCUUAUGGCGAAAAUUUUUUGAGUGCGAUAAUUAUAACGGUUUGGCAGUGCUCACGAACACGGUGCAUGACUGUGUGUGGGUGGACUGCCACCAGUCGGUGUAUCUACAGGUCGCUAGUGAUGUUGAGGCGACGAUGAACAGUGUACAGACAGUUUUUAACGAGAUGUUUCCGGAGAUGGAGGUGUCCGUUAACUUCCCUUGCGAUGUAAUGUCAGGCGAGAACAUGGGUGCACUGCGUCCAAUUAUGAAAGAAACAACACUCUAG